CAUCACAGCAGUCAUUCAAUUUCUCCGUCCGGUCUUACGCUCGCUGAAGUCAUCCUCGUAAACAUUUAUCAACUCCUCUGAGCGCCCUUAUCUCAACUCGUACUGCUGUCGCACAAUCGCCCUUGCUCAUUUGCAGAAGACCCGUCCCACAGCCACAUCAUGUUUGGCAAGUUAGUGCACCUAGGGUUCGAUGCUCUCCUCAUUAGCGCUUUCCUCGCUGGUGUAAAGCGCAAUACUGGUUUAACACCCGCCCUGCACCAGGUACCUAACAAGGAUGUACGACAGUUGCUGAGGUCGUAUCUGGAAGCCGGGGAAUACAUCUUUGAUUUCGCAGUGGUUGUCUUCGGGAGGUCCUCCUCUUUUGAACGGAAGUAGGGUCCCAUGGAUACGGAUACGACCACGCAGUACUAUACCAUUUUUACAUGUAAUUCUGUAUUUAUAGACUCUAAAUAUCAUAGU